AUGGCAUUCCAUCGAAACGUUGUGUCAACGUAACCUGUCUCUCUGAAACCGAUUCUCUCCUCUCUUCUCUCUCUCUUUAUUCUUUUCCACCCAUUUCGUUUCUUAUUCUUUUCUCUAUCGUUGUCUUCUUCGAUUUUCUCCGAAUCCCCAUAAACCUUUCGGGCCACCUCCCGAUCGCCAAUCUCGACAUUCCAUCAGCAAAAAUCCUUGCGCAAAGCGAGUUCCUCCGUAAACUCGUGCGUGGAGCCGCUGCAUUUCUUUAGGGUUUUGCCCCAUCCCCUUUUGUCCCUAGGGUUUCCGCACUUGAUGAGAUAAAAGGCUUCUCUAUGCUUUGAUCGGGCGGUCGAGGUCGACGGCGUUGGAGAGAUCUCGCUGCGAAGCUCUCGGCGUCGAGGUUUCUUGGGUUGUUCGAGAGGUUAGGGCCUGGAUCGAUUGGGCGUUGGUUGGAUUAAAGGGCGUGGCGGGAAAGAGUAUUGGAUUCCAUUGCACGGAGAGUUGUUUCCUGAGAUUAUUGUAUCAAAGGACGUGGGAGAGGUGGCAUCUGAGACAGCACGGGGCAGUUACACUUAAGUAGCCCUGCAUGGGCGAGCAUGAAGGCUGGGCAGAGGCUAGUGGCCUUUUGCCCAAUGGCCUUUUGCCCAAUGAAGUAGCCAAUGUGACCCGAGUCCUUGAUGCAGAAAGAUGGUCCAAGGCUGAAGAGAGAACUGUAGAGCUGAUUGCACGUAUCCAGCCCAAUCAACCGUCAGAGGAGCGUAGGAAUGCUGUGGCAAACUAUGUCCAGCGUCUUAUAAUGAAGUGCUUCUCCUGUCAGGUUUUCACAUUUGGGUCAGUACCUCUCAAGACCUAUCUACCUGAUGGAGAUAUUGACUUGACUGCAUUUAGCAAUAAUGAAAAUUUGAAGGAUACAUGGGCCAAUGAAGUGCGUUAUGUGCUAGAGAACGAAGAGAAGAGUGAGAAUGCUGAAUUUCGUGUAAAAGAAGUUCAAUACAUUCAGGCAGAGGUAAAGAUAAUAAAGUGUCUUGUAGAGGACAUUGUUGUAGACAUAUCUUUUAAUCAAGUUGGUGGGUUAUGUACACUUUGUUUCCUUGAAGAGAUUGACCAUCUGAUAAAUCAAAAUCAUCUCUUCAAGCGCAGUAUUAUAUUGGUCAAGGCCUGGUGUUACUAUGAGAGUCGUAUACUGGGUGCUCAUCAUGGGCUCAUUUCUACAUAUGCUUUAGAGACCUUGGUUCUUUACAUAUUUCAUGUUUUUAAUAAUUCUUUUGCUGGACCUCUUGAGGUCUUAUAUCGUUUUCUGGAAUUUUUUAGCAAUUUUGACUGGGACAAUUUUUGUGUUGGCCUCUGGGGUCCAGUCCCUAUCAGUUCACUCCCAGAUAUGACUGCGGUACCUCCUCGGAAGGAUCGUGGUGAAUUGUUACUUAGUAAGCCCUUUCUUGAUGCCUUGAGUGGAGCGUAUGCUGUUAAGCCAAGUGGUCAAGAAAACCAGGGCCAACCUUUUGUUUCAAAGCAUUUCAAUGUUAUUGAUCCUCUACGGACAAACAACAAUCUCGGACGCAGUGUCAGCAAAGGAAACUUUUUUAGAAUACGCAGUGCCUUUGCAUUUGGAGCUAAAAAAUUGGCAAGGUUACUUGACUGUCCAAAAGAAGACCUGAUUGCUGAAGUGAAUCAGUUUUUCAUGAACACAUGGGAAAGACAUGGGAGUGGCCAUCGUCCUGAUGCUCCAUGUCCAAAUUUGCGGCACUUGCGACCAUUAAAAACUAUUCCAGUUGAAGAAUCAAAUAGUUCCAGAAACACUGGAAGCACCAAGAAUGGUAGAAAUGCUGUGUUCCAAGAUGGUCAUGAGCAUGUGACAGGAAGUGGUCAUGAUCUUGAAGACCCCUCAUCUGAGGUUGUUUACUCCAUCAGUCAACGCUCUCAGAAUAUAUACAGGACGAACAACCCAUCUACACUUUCUCGCAAUCAGAGCCAGAAAAAUAAUGGUGUGCAAAUGAACUCUAGGGCCUAUGGUCAGUUUGAAAGAAAUAUCAGUUCAAGUGGAUCUGUUCAGAGUGACAAAAAUCAGAAAAUAUUAAGGCCUCAAAAUUCUGUCAAUGAUCAAGAAGGAUAUCCUAGGUUUCACUUUGCAAGGACAAGAUCCAGUCCUGAACUGACAGAGGCAUCUGUUGAAGUUUUGUCUCGAGGAAGGCGUAAUGGAGUAGUAGGAGCUACAAAAACCCAGAAUACUCCUGCAAGGUUGGAUUCUGGCAGAAGAACAAGGAACUUGGUUUCUGAGGCUACAGGCAGUCAUAGUGUGAGGUCUUCUCUUGAUGAUCCCACAUCAAUAAGGCACAUCACAUCCCAUCAAAGCUUUGAAGCUGCUUCAGAUGCAAAUAGUGUUUCAAAUAGUUAUGAUGAUUUUAACUUUGCAUCUAUGGGGGAAGAGCUUGCCUCUGUAUCUGAGGCAUUGGAGGUGCAGCAGGAAGAGCAGGAUCUGGUAAAUAUGAUUGCAUCAUCCAAGUUACAUAACUUGAAUGGACAGGUUCAGCUGCCAAUGCAUUGGCCUUCUCCUCAUCUACCUCUAACCUUAUCUCCAUUCUUAGCUUCAAUGGGAUAUGUCCCGAGAAACUUUGCAGGCAUGGUACCCAGUAAUCUGUCUUUGAUUGGACACUCAUGGGGUUCCAAUAUGCAGUUUCCUCAAGGUCUUUUCUCAUCACCUCUGUCCCAGUAUUACCAUCCUGCUGGCCUUAGUUCAAACCAUGAUGACAUGGUUGAGUCUGUUAGUGAGAGUUCUGGCAUGACAGGACUGAACACAGAAGAUGAUGACCAAGAUUUCUGGAAAGACGAUGCUGGAUCCACCAGAGGGUUUAACCCUGAAAAUAGAACUUCCCAGAUGCUUCAUUUUGAUGGCAAGAAACAGUUGACUCCAAGUGGGUCUAACUUUAGUUCUUCAUCACGAGGCAGUAUUAGUGGUGCUGGAUCGUGGGGUCAGCACAAGUUUGCAAGAGAGGAUAGAGGACCAGUUAGAGAAGAUUAUAUUGAUGCUAGGAAUGAUAUUGACUCCAAUGCUAGGAAUGCAAAUGUUAAGUUUUUUCCUGUGUCACAUUCUUCAAGAAACAAGCCUGCCUAUGAAAGUUCUAAGGAUGGAUCUGCCUCUAGGGUCUUCAGAUCAGCAAGGGACAAAUGGGGAAGAAAACCAUUUUCUUCUGCAGGUCCAACAUCCCUUUAUGGGAAGGCAAGGAGUGGAUGGCUAGUUGAGGGUUCAUCUGAUCAUGAUUCUGCGGAGGUGGAGGAUGACAAUAGAGAUUCGAUUCCUCUGUCAACCAUGGGUAUUGACAUAUCUGAGAGAACUGCAGGAUCUGCUUCUUCGACUUCUUCACAUGUUAGCAACCAUCAAUUGCCUGGCUAUGAACCAGCACAUAUAAGUGGACCAGAUUCAAUGAUUCCGGUUGCACCGGUGCUUGUUGGUUCUUCGCAGCAGAGAACAGCGGAUAAUUCUGGAUUGGUACCGAUGACAUUUUUCCCAACAGGUCCACCAGUUCCAUUCUUAAUGCUUCCAGUUUAUAAUUUCACAUCUGAUACUGAAAAUUCUGAUGGACUGGCAAGGCAAUUUGAUAAUGAUGAAAGAGCUGACAAUUGUCAAACUAACCCACCGGAUCAGAAUUUUGAUUCACUAAGGGACCUGGAUCGAUCUGAAGCCCCCUUGACUUCAACUGCUUCAGGAGGUGCUGCUUUUGAGCCCUUAGAGGAGAAGUCUGACAUUUUGAACAGUGAUUUUGCCAGCCAUUUGCAAAACCUGUUAUAUGGACGAUUCUGCCAAGAUUUUCAUGGACCUAUAAUUUACCCCUCUCCUGCCGUAGUGCCACCGUCAUAUUUACAAGGCCAUUUUCCAUUGGAUGGUCCGGGCAGACCACUUUCUGCCAAUGUAAAUUUUACACAGGUUAUGAACUAUGGGCCUCAACUAGUUCCUGUGAUGCCUAUCCAACCGGUCCCUGAUAGGACUGCCGGUGUUUUCCAGCGUUAUGGGGAUGAAGCACCAAGAUAUCGUGGUGGUACUGGGACCUACCUGCCAAAUCCGAAGAUGUCAUUCAGAGAUCGACAACCAACUAGUAGAAACCACAGAGGGAAUUAUGGCUAUGACCGGAGUGACCACGGUGACAGAGAAGGAAGCUGGAUCAACUCAAAAACACGAGCUGCUGGCCGAAGCCAUGUCCGCAGCCAAGCUGAGAGGCCAACUUCAUGGCAUGACCAACUGGCUGCAUCCGAGCAUCAUGCUGACAGACAAUGGGAGUCACAAAGGCAUGAGCCGGUUGCAUCCUAUUUAGUCCCGAACAAUUCCUUUGUGUCUACAAAAUCGGCACAUAGCUCAACAAAUAUGGCAUAUGCCCUGCAUCCACCGCCUGUUGCAGGUUCAGAAGGUGUCAAUCCAGCCAGGCCUGCAAUUCCUCCUCUUUUCAUGGUGUAUUCACAUGAUCACAGUGUUGGGUAUGAUUCAUCAACUGAACCACUCGAGUUUGUCUUGGGGCCAAUGCAUCUAUCUGGUACCAAUGAAGUACCCCGGCCAAAUGAUGGAAAUUCAGAAAGUGGAUUAUAUGAGCAAAGACAUGGCACAUACUUUGGGGGUUCUCCACGAUCUUCACCAGAGCAGUCAUCUUCACCUCAGCUACACAAGUAGCUCUAAUGUCAUUUCCAUUUUUCCCAUUUUCUUUCUUAUUGUAUAUAUUGUUGUUGUAGUUAAUUUGAAACAAUUGUAAAAUACCCUUAACAAAUGCAAAUAAGGACAAAUUGUGAAGACAUGAGUCUUAGCUUUACAGAAGGCUACAGCUAAAUUUGCCUUGCACUAAUCAAUGUAGGCAACUGUGCGUUCUUUUGAAAAUUGCAACAAAUAUUUGAAGUUCCUUCAAUGCAGCUAAAUGAAUGCUUUGAAACA